UUAGAAAAAUCAAAAAUGGCGUUCUGUACAGCUGUGGGUUGCGCAAUUUUAUUGUAAAAUGUGCAUGAAAUUUACACGGAAUACUAAGUUUUAAGUGCAAAAAAUAUUCUAGAUAGUGGACAUGUUAUUUUUACUCAGUUUAUAGUUUAAAUUUCCCGUAGUGUAUUGUUAUAUUUAACAUAGUGCGAAUCUGUCGUGGACCGUGUAUUUUUUGUGUUGUGGUGAUGUAUGAAAAUGAUAAAUAAUGAAACGGAAAAUAACACGGCUGUGUAAAUAAUGUAUCUAUAAUGGGCUUGUUAUGGGUAGUGUUUUUCGUGGCCUUGACUGGCUCACAUUUUGGAUAUGGAUUACCAAUUGGACCAACGCCGCAAACCUACCCUUACGAUGGAAGCGAAGCGUCAGCGCCCUUGGGCUGGGGCGGGCCGGGCGGCGCAUACGCGGCGGUGCCGGCGCUGGCGCUGCUGAUCGCCGCGGUCGGCCUGCUGCUCGGCUGCACGUGGUGCUACAGGCAUAAGGACUGCAAGCCAAACCAAGGAGAGGACAAUCAGUUGUUCACGGGGACUGUCACUCACCACCUCCAUGAAGUCCGGCGCUCCAACCCGCCCGACUCAGGCUUCUCGGAGCCUGUCAACAACAACAUCAGCGAGGACAACAACAAUGGCCCAAUCUCGCUGCGGGAGAUGCAGAACAUUGCCAACAACAACGCGACAGCGUACAUUGUCAGCGAGAAUGAGGAGCGGAACAGAAUCAGUCGAGAGUCUGUUGUUGAGUUCGAACCGCUGCCGACGGGGAUACGAGUGGCGGACCCUCUGGAGCCUUAUGCGGACUGGUUCGGUGGAGAAGAUUUCUCUAGAAACCGAUUGCAGUACCUAAGGGAAAUAGGGCGAGGAUGGUUUGGCAGGGUAGUAGAAGGCGAGAUAGAAGACAAUGGUUCGACGAGUACAGUCGCGGUCAAAAUACUCAACCAGAACGCGUCCUUGGAAGACAAGGCGCGAUUCCUGGAAGAGGCGCGAGUGUACCGCGACGUGAGCCACGAGAACAUACUCGCGUUCGUCGACAAGUGCUUGCAGGAGGACCCCUGGAUACUGAUAUUCGAGUUCUGUUCUGUGGAUCUGCAACAGUAUCUGAUAGUGAACCGGCACAAGAUGGCGUCGCUGAACGAGGGCGGCGUCCCGCUCCGGCUGAUGUGCGACGUGGCCUCUGCGCUCGCGCAUCUCCACUCCAGAGGACACCUAUACGGCACCAUCUGGAGCGGGUCUGUGCUAGUGCGCGGCGAAGGCGAGGCCGCGCGCGCCGUGCUGGGCCGCUACGCGCCCGCGCCGCCGCCGCCCGACCUGCAGCCGCCUGAGGCUAGCCGCCCGGCUUUUGUGCACACG